GAUUGGUGAGAUGCAAGCAGUUGCAGUCCUUCUUUGCGUCAUCAAUUUCAAAACCUACCGUCUCUCUCUUUCUCUGUGCGGCGUGGAGAGUUUCUACAUCGGAGCUAUUUUGAAACUCAACAUAAGGCUUUGGACACUGAUCCAGCUGGUGGUUUUGAGGCAGGCAAAGGACAUAGUUAUCUGUGUGAAGAUUUGUUGGUUUCUUUCAAUCUCCAUCCUUUUUGGUUUGGUUUGUGUCUAUUAAAACCAUGUCGGUGACGGCAGGUGUUAGUGAUACUAUUAUUGCCAUUAGGGAUAAGCUUAGAGGUAAAAUUGGGCAAACAAAGGUUAAAAGGUAUUGGCCUGGUAAGGCUCCUGAAUGGGCGGAUGAUGCUGAUGAAGAUGGGGAUAUCAGGAUGUCUAGGACAGUGGCCCUGGAGAGAGCCUUUCCUAAUCAGGAUGAUUCAGAUAUUGCAAGACGGGAUGAUCCUAGGUUGCGCCGUUUAGCUGAGAGUAGGAUAGACAACCGUGAAGAAGUAAGAGCUGAUCACAGGCGCAUCCGACAAGCUGAGAUUGUUUCAACAAAAGAAGAAGAAAAUAAAAGACAAGAAAAAUUAGAUUUAGAGGAAGAGGAUGAGGAUGCCUUGGAGGAAAAGAGGAGGAGAAUUAAGGAGAAGUUACUUCAGAGGCAGCAAGAAGAAGCUGCACUUCUUCCAGAAGAAGAAGAGGAGGAAGUAGAGGAAGAAGAGGAAGAGGAAUCCGAGUACGAGACUGACUCAGAAGAAGAACAGAUGGGUAUAGCAAUGGUGAAACCUGUUUUCGUUCCAAAGUCAGAAAGAGAUACCAUAACUGAGCGCGAGAGGCUUGAGGCAGAGGAGCGAGCCCUUGAGGAACUAGUGAAGAAGAGACUGGAGGAGAGAAAGGUGGAGACAAAGCAGAUAGUGGUUGAGGAGAUUCGGAAGGAUGAAGAAAUUCAGAAGAAUUUGGAAUUGGAGGCCAAUAUUGCGGAUGUAGAUACUGAUGAUGAACUAAAUGAGGCAGAGGAAUAUGAAGCAUGGAAGGCCAGAGAGAUUGCAAGGAUCAAGAGGGACAGGGAUGACCGGGAGGCAAUGUUGAAGGAGAAGGAAGAGAUUGAGAAGGUUAGAAACAUGACUGAGGAAGAGAGGAGGGAGUGGGAGAGGAAGAAUCCGAAAUCUGCUCCCCAUCCCAAGCAGAAAUGGAGGUUCAUGCAGAAGUACUACCAUAAAGGUGCUUUCUUCCAGUCAGAUCCAGAUGACUAUGCUGCAACUGCUGGGGCAGAUGGUAUCUACACUCGUGAUUUCUCUGCUCCGACUGGAGAAGAUAAGAUGGACAAGACCAUACUACCCAAAGUCAUGCAGGUGAAGCACUUUGGUCGCAGUGGGAGGACCAAAUGGACACAUCUUGUCAAUGAAGACACGACUGAUUGGAAUAAUCCAUGGACAUACAAUGAUCCUCUUCGAGCAAAGUACAAUGCAAAGAUGGCUGGAAUCAAUGCACCUAUAGCAAAACCCAAGGGGAGCAAGAAGCUAAAGGAUUGGGAGACGCGUUGAACUUCUUGGUGCUGUAAUAUAAGUUGUUUCAUUUUUCUUCGUUUUCUGAUAGGGUUACUGAUAGGGUUACCUCUUCUACUGGUCUUUAAUUUUCAAUACAUGUAUGCUUACAAAUAAUUUUCUGUUAUAGGCAUGCAGAAUUCCUGUUACUUGAUGAUGGGUUUAGGUAUAUCCACGUCUUUCAUUCUUGUGCUGACGAACAUUGUGGAAUUGUCUUCUCUGCAGCUCCUCUAUCACAAUUGAGUACAUUUUAGUUGUUGUUUGACUCAACCAAGAAGAAAUUGUGGGAUCUAUAUUAUUCCCUCCCAUUUUCACUUCAGGAUGUCAUCUCCAUUGUAAUAUUAGUUGCUAAAUUCAGGAUGAUUGAUAUUAGUUGCUAAAUUCUUGUUUAGUGAGGUCCUCUCAUCUCAUUCAAUAGGGCUAUAUUUGGUAAUCUUGAUUUUGUUUCCCAUAAUGUUUCCUUAGAUUUCAGAUUGUGCUGCCAGAAAAUGUUAAAAAGUAAUUAUUUUAAAAUUUGAGAAUUGAUAUGUAUAUAUUUAUCAACUAUUUCAGCUUUAGCUUUUGGUUAAAAAGUUUUUUGCAGUGAAAACCUCCAUGAAUUCCUUACCUAUUGAAGAACAAAACCUUUGUUUGUUUGUUGAUUAUAAACCUACAAUGAAAGAAAGCACACAUGUAAUGUUAUACUCUUAGCUCUAUUGGAGAAGGCCCUAGAUGAUAAUAGUCCUCCAAGAAAAUUUUGUAACCUUUAAUUGAAUCAAAAAUAAUGUUUCCAUUACUCAAUUUACAAUUUACUCUAAGUAAUGGUCUUGGCGAAAAAAUACUCCCUUAAAAACUCUGGUUUUGUAUAAAACGUGAUGAAUUGAUUUCAAAAGAUUAUUUUAUCAUUUCUUAAUAAAUUUAUUGUUUUUUAUUAUAUUUUCUCUUAUCUAAAUUUUAAUUAUAUCAUCUAUCUUAAUUUUAUUAGCAAUAUCAAUUUAUCAUAAAAAUGAAAAAAAAAAAAAAAAAAUUGAAGUUGUAACUACCAUUUUCUUAAAUGAUUUAACUUAUUAUACUAAAAAAAGACCAUCAUGGUGGGGUAUACAGUAGUGAAAUGGUAGGUUUCUUGGUACAAUUUCAAGAACUCCACAAGAGGUGGCUAGACACAUUUUAUUUGUAUAUUAAUAUUUGUAGUGAUGUCAUUAAGCUUCAGGUCUCCGAUUCUAUUUUGCGAGCAAUUCAAAUAUAUAUUAGUAUGAAAUAAUUUUCAUAAUUUAUUUAAAUAAAAAAAAAUGAAUUAAGUGAAAUUCAAUAAGAAAGAGUAUUAUGUUGAUUUAAUGAAAAAUAACCCAGUCUCGUAGGUAUUUUGCAAGAAUAUGUGAUAGUUCAGAAGAAUUGUCCAUUAAACAUACUUUAAAGAGUUAUUUACAAAUUCGAACUUAGAGUUUUUUAUUUUUUAUUUUUAUGACAAAUAGAGUGAUGAUGUUAAAAGAGACUUCAGCCGAGGUCAAAUCAUGGCAUGAAGGGUAAAGAAAAGGAAAGACGAGCGAUUGUUUGAUUUUGGGCCAAUGGGCCCAAAUUGAGAGUUCUAGAUCGGGCUCUGAAACGGAAGGCCUCCACACUGGGCCCUCGUUUACCCAUUACAAAUGGAUUAGUCGAUUGAUGUCCAGGUGCCCUCACUCCUCUCUCUCCUCUCUCCUCUCAUGGCGGAAGAGGAAGUAGAAACAAAAGUCAAUCUUCCUCGCUCAGAUCCCCAGCGGCAUCUACCUUUUGUGGAGGUUUGUUGCAAAAGUUCGGGAAACACCAGGCGAUUCGCCGCUGGUACGGAGGCAGGAUUUGCAUUGGGCUUGAUAAACAGGAAGCUUGAUAGUGGAAUUGGUAGUCCACCUGCUUUGCAUAUUGAAGCAGUUAAAGAAGGGGAGGAACCUGUUAGUUUUGGCCCUAAUUCGGUUCUUGUGGAUUACGGUGAUGGUUGGAAGUUGCAAACUGUUACUGAAAUACAAGCUCUUAGGAAAGACGAGCAGGUUCAAUCAUCAACAACAACAACACAUAUUUCAUCUGUUAAGGGUCUUGAUGGCUCACGUCCUAUGAAGAGUGAGUCACAACCAGUUAGCAGUUUUCUGUACAUUGGAAAGAUAUUGAUUGCUUUUAUUUUAAUGUUUGUGCUUGGUGCAAUUUUCACAUUGGCUCUUGAGAAUCUUCCUGGCCUAAUCUUGUUGAUUAACUCGUCAAUGUAAUAUUUGUUGUUGUAACGGUGCCGUUCUUUUAAAUUUUUUGCUUUUUUGUUGUUGUCCCGACUCUUGUUAAAUUUAUGAAGAUUUUAUGUAACAACCAAUGUUCUUUGCAA